UCGCUUCAAUAUGGUGACGAUGGAUCAAUGAAAUUUGUUAUUGAGUAGUUCUAAUGUAAAUUGUGUAUUUAACAAAUGCAUUUAACUAAGAAUUUGUGUGAGUAAAUGGGCCAUGGGAAAAGACCAAGAGCUGUUGGAAGCAGCAAGAAAUGGAAAUGUUCCUGUUGUGGAGAAAAUACUCAAUCAACGAGCGAAGAGGAGUGGCCCACUUGCAAGUUUGCGUCGAGGACCUGGGGCGAAUGUGCAGGACAGCAGUGGAUAUUCAGCCCUCCACCACGCGGCUCUGAACAGUCACAGGGAGGUUGUCCAACUGUUGCUGGCCCACGAAGCGUCCACCAACAUUCUUGACGUGAAGGGUUCUUCCCCGCUGCACCUGGCGGCCUGGACCGGCAACGUGGACAUCGUGAGGCUGCUCCUUUGUCGCGGGCCGUCCGUCCCGAACGUCAAUCUAACAACGAAGGACAACGAGACCGCGCUUCACUGCGCAGCCCAGUACGGGCACACUGCCGUGGUCAGCCAGCUGCUGGAGUAUUCAUGCGACCCGACCAUAAGGAACAGUCGGGAGGAGACAGCCCUUGACCUAGCCGCCCAAUAUGGCAGGCUGGAGACGGUGGAGCUGCUUGUCCGAACACAUCCGGAACUGAUCCAGCCUUACUCACGGGGGCACUGCACCCUGUUUCGACACACGCCCCUCCAUCUAGCCAGUCGCAACGGUCACAAAGCCAAGUGGAUGAGGUGGACAGAACAAAUUAGGAAACAUGACAAAUGAAUACGAAAUUUUAGGCGGACAACCUGUAGGUAGAAGUUUACUUGGGAGAUAAUUUAAAAUUAAUAUUAAAGAAUUAGUACGCGUGGUCGUCGAUUGGAUUCAAGUGACGAACACUGUCAUGGACUUUCGGGUCUGAUGAAAAAAAUGUAAUUUAUUAAACCUGAACGACUGCCAACUUGUCAGCAAGGACUCUGUUCCAUGUUUUUGUGUUCAGAAGCGUUGAUACGUCCAGACUGAACGUUUCUUCGACUCCCACUGUAGGUUUCCUCUGCGUUUUCUCUCAGGCAGCCAACUUGUAAGUAGAAACUCGGUUUGCGAGCGAGCUCGGACAACAUCUGCCCGAGUUUUGAAUUUCCCACUGAGAUAUACUUCAAUGAAUGCCCGUCUCGUGUUUUCCUUCUUAGAAAUGAAACACGCUUUGCAUAAAAAUUUGCCUAAAUUUUUGCCUACUUAAAUUCAUUCGCUUGUUUUUAGUACUGGGGUAAAAAAAAAACCUUCUGUGUUCUAUAGAAGGUGGUUGCCUCCUUUUUGACUUGUGUCAUUUUUGUAAAAUUCUUUAUUUCUCACUCGUCCUUACGUGAACUCAUUUGAAACCCGCGCGUUCUCUGAUGUUAACUUUAUUGCAAUUGGAAACAAGGCCAGAAAUGGGAGUUUUAGUGAAUGUUCUCUAGUUAAUCCAAUAUGCUGCUGCUUUUGAAGGCGAAGGGACUGGUGGGGGGGUUAUAUUUGCUCUGAAUAAGCGUGUAUACAUGAUUUUUACGUCAAAGCUCGGCGUCUGACGCUUGCAACGACUGCUCUGGUAUUGGCGGUCCGUAUGGCGACGUACCCCGCGUGAUAUGCGAUUGAACUCACACGGGGAUUAUUCUGCAACGUAUUUUCCAAUCACCAGUUGACCAAUGCAAUCCAAUCCGA